CCCGCCUCCCCUGGAUCCCUAGUGGAAAAAGCCCCAUCGUCCAGUCAUGCCAAAGAGGAAAGUGACCUUCCAAGGCGUGGGAGAUGAGGAGGACGAUGAGAUCAGUAUUCCCAAGAAGAAGUUGGUAGACCCUGUGGCUCCAGUGGGGGGUCCUGGGAGCCGCUUCAAAGGCAAACACUCUUUGGACAGUGAUGAGGAGGACGAUGAGGAUGAGGGGUCCAGAAAAUAUGACAUCCUGGCUUCAGAGGACGUGGAAGGUCAGGAAGCAGCUACAUUGCCCAGCGAAGGAGGUGUGCGGAUCACACCCUUCAACCUGCAGGAGGAGAUGGAGGAGGGACACUUUGAUGCUGAUGGCAACUAUUUCCUGAACCGGGAUGCUCAGAUCCGAGACAGCUGGUUGGACAAUAUCGACUGGGUAAAGAUCAGGGAGCGACCUCCUGAUCAACGGCCCCCAUCAGACUCUGAAGAGGAGGAGAACUCAGGCCAGACCCCAAUGAGUCCCCAGGCUCUGUUGGAGGGUCUUUUGGAGCUGCUGUUGCCAAGAGAGACAGUGGCUGGAGCAUUGAGGCGGCUGGGGGCCCGAGGAGGAUGCAAACCAGGUGGCAAAGGGCCAGCACGACCCAGCUCUCCCCAGCGCCUGGACCGGCUUUCGGGAUUGGCUGACCAGAUGGUGGCUCGGGGCAACCUUGGCGUGUAUCAGGAGACAAGGGAACGGUUGGCAAUGCGACUGAAGGGUUUGGGGUCUCGAACACAGGGAACUCCUGACCCCACACCCCCACCCUCUCUGGACAUGUUUGCUGAGGAAGUGGCCGAGGGGGAACUGGAGACUCCCACCCCUGUCCCAAGAGGAGAAACAGAGUCCUCUGGCGAUGGUCUCAGCGAUGUGAUGUGGGAAUAUAAGUGGGAGAACACAGGGGAUGCUGAGCUGUAUGGGCCCUUCACCAGCACUCAGAUGCAGACCUGGGUGAAUGAAGGCUACUUUCCAGAUGGCGUUUACUGCCGGAAGCUUGACCCUCCUGGUGGACAGUUCUACAAUUCCAAGCGUAUUGACUUUGACCUCUACACCUGAGCCUGCUGGUGGCCCCUUAUUGGACUGUGGAGGGCCUGGCUGCCAUAGCCAUGCAGACAUUGGAGGCCAUUUUUCUGCUUCCCUUUCCCAAUAAAAAUCUUUAGCUGUGCAUUAGG